UGUUCGACUGGCAUCUACCCAAGGCAAAGCUCCAGCAUUAGUCUCGGAAAUACUUGGUUUUUUUCUUCUCUGAAACCCAUCUCGCUCCCAGCAUGGGCUCUACCUUCGUCUCACAGGCCCUCGCCAUCCCCAAGGGCUCCCUUGUCCUCGUCGCCGGCGCCUCGAGCUACAUCGCCACCAGCAUCGUCCUGGAGUUCCUCAACAACGGCUAUCGCGUCCGCGGCACCGUCCGCAACCGCGCCAAGGCCGCCUACUUCUACGAGGGCGUGUUUGAAAAGUAUGCCCAGGACGGGACGCUCGAGCUUGCAGACGUGCCCGACAUGGCCGUCCCCGGCGCAUACAAGGACGCGGUGAAAGACGUCGCCGCCGUCGUCAACGUGGCCGCCGUCGUCACCAUGGAUCCGGACCCGGAGAAGGUGAUCCCGGCCACCGUGUCCUCCCUGACCGACCUGCUGCGCACCGCCGCGGCCGAACGUUCGGUGAAGCGGUUCGUGCAAUGCUCCACCAUCGGCACCCUGUACCGGAUCGGCACCACGGCCGGCAAGCACGUGACCAUAAACCAGGCCUCGUGGAACGACGAGGCCGUCGGGGAGGCCUACAGCCCGCCGCCCCACGGCCCCGAGCACGGCUUCGUCGUGUACCAGGCCAGCAAGGUCCUGGCCGAGAAGGCGGCGUGGAAGUUCGUCGAGGAGGAGAAGCCCGGCUUUGUGUUCAACACGGUGCAUCCCGUCACCGUCUUCGGUCCUCUCUACACCAAGUCCCACGCCUCCUCGUCGGCGGGCUGGCUGAUGAGUCUCUACGACGGCACGGGAACCCUGCCGGAGAAGCUGAAGCUCACCCACGUCAACGUCAAGGACGUCGCAGUCGUCCACUACGCCGCCGUCGUUGACCCGGACGUCAAGGGCCAGCGCAUCAUCACCUCGGUCGAAAAGUACAACUGGAACACGGUCCUCGACAGCCUCCGGCGGUCCUACCCGGACCGCAAGUUCAGGGACGACAUCCCCGACGUCGGGGGUCUGCCAAACGAGACCAUCGACGCCGACCUGGGGCUCUCGCUGCUGAAGAAGUGGGCGGGCCGCGGCUGGAUCCCAAUGGACCAGAGCAUCCGCGAGACCGUCGAGUCGGUAGUUUGAGGCUGCUUUUUUUUUCUACAUGCCAUCCCAGGCACGGCCGGUAUUAGUCUGCGUGGAGCCACGCAAAACGUCUAUAUAGCCGCAAUGAAAUAUAUAACUUAUUGCACAGA